AAAGUUGUAAUUUUUGCCAUUCAUCAGAAGUGUAGUGUGCCAUUUCUCUUCCCAGUUGAAUGCAUGUGGUUCUAGUUUAUGUUGCUGUCGCUGUUGUGAUUUUUUUUCUUUACUCAAAUGUUGUUACUUUGUCCCUGUGAGCUAAAAAAGCCGUUCCUUUUCGUUGUCAUUUAGUUCAACCUGAAUUUCAUUUGAUCGAUUCAAUGAAAUUUGAACCUGGGACGUUGAAAUCCUCAGAUUUUUCCAUUUUACGUAAUGCAUAAUGCUAGAUUAUUCUGGGUUGUGUCCAAAAUUGAACCUUGAGCUUUCAUGAGGCGUAAUAGCACAGGCAUUUCAAUAGUACAUUGCAAAAAUGUUUCUACUUGCUUCUUACAAUGUUAUAUAAUACCCUUUGCCACCUACGUAAUUGAACAUUGGGAUAUUAGGGAUGAGAUUGAAGUGAAUAUGGGAGUUAAGUAGUCAGCUUUUUUCUUGUUCAAAGAUGCACUAGUAGAAGAGGGAAUUACCAAGUUUCCAAGCUUUCCUUUAGAGUAGAAGCAAAGAGGUAAAGUGUCAUAAAAAGCUGUAGGCUUCCUUCAAUGGGUGCUCCUAAGCAGAAAUGGACUGCGGAAGAAGAAGCGGCACUGAAAGCUGGUGUACUCAAGCAUGGGGCAGGAAAAUGGCGCACCAUACUUACAGAUCCUGAGUUCAGUGCCAUUUUGCAUAUGCGUUCGAAUGUAGAUCUUAAGGAUAAAUGGAGGAAUAUAAACGUGACAGCGAUAUGGGGAUCCCGGCAGAAGGCAAAGCUUGCUCUUAAAAGGAACCUGCCAGCCCCCAAAAUUGACAAUAACCAUAUGGCCUUGAGUACCGUAGUUCGACAUGAUGAAGUUCUUGAUACUAAACCCUUGGCAGUUUCUGGUGGACCAUUGCAAUCUACCAAUUUGAAAGAACAAAUAUCUAGGUUACAAAAGAUCAAGUUGGUGGAUAAUCAUAUAUUAGAGGCAAUUGUCUACAUGAAGGAGCAAAAGGGUUCUGACAAGGCUGCCAUUGCUUCUUUCAUAGAGGAAAAAUAUCGGUUUCCACCAAAUCUCAGUAAACUACUGCCAGCCAAACUGAAGCAUAUGGUGGCAAGUGGCAAAAUAAUCAAGGAAAAGCAUAAGUACAGGAUUGCGCCAAGUUCAACAGUCUCUGAGAAAAGAAGAUGCUCUUCAUUGGUACUUUUGGAAGACAGGCCCAAAGAUCCUUCAGAAGCACAUAAGAAUGAUGAUGUCAACAUCCUUUUAAAAUCCCAAAUUGAUGCAGAGAUAUCAAAAGUGAAGGGCUUGACAGCUCAAGAGGCAGCUGCUGCGGCUGCAAAAGCAGUUGCGGAGGCAGAGACUGCAAUUGCACAGGCUGAGGCAGCAGCUAGGGAGGCAGAGGCUGCAGAAGCUGAGGCUGAGGCUGCUCAAGUGUUUGCAAAAGCAGCAAUGAAGGCGCUAAAAUGCAAAAUGCUUCAUAUUUGAUAGUGUGGACUUACUCAUGUUCAUCAUCAGCAGACUUAGCUUUGAGAUGAUAGUUCUGCUGCUGGCUAUGCUUCCGGCCAGUUUUUUCGUAACUGUACAUAAUUUUCGGCUUGUAAAUCUGGAAUAUGCAGGAUGAUUCAUGAAACAUUUUGUCAGGAAUCAAUAACAGCCUUUUUUAUUUUUUAUUUUUAUUUUACCUUUUUCUUAUAAAGACAAUGAGGGGAAAGCUACAAAGCAGUAACGGAAGAGUGGAAAUAGCCAUGUUUUGCUGUAAUGGAAUGAUUGACAUCCGCGUAGAGUAAAUGAAGGAAAACAAUUUUUAGUGGUGUUCAAAUAGCAAUAUGGAUUGUCAUUGACAUGCAGAUCAUAUAUUCAAUGCUUGUUCUAAGACAUCGCCA